AGCGAUGGGCAGAAGCAGCACCAGGCUGCCGAGCUUCUGCCUCAACCGCAUGUCCCCUGGUGUCAGGGUCAGAUCUCCGCCGCUCGAACCGAAGCCGCCGCCGUCUCCCGAGUCCGGUCAACUCCACCACCACGGGAACGCGAAGCAGCCCGGAGACGGAGCUGAGGAAGAAGCCCUACUCGGCCGAAGGAUCAUGAUAGUGGUGGACUCCAGCCCGGAGUCGAAGACCGCUUUGCGGUGGGCGCUCUCGCACUCGGUGCAGAGCAACGACAGCAUCGUCCUCGUCGACGUUGUCAGGCCACCCAAGCAUGGUGAGCAAUCUGGGAAGGAGAGGGAUCCAAAGAUCUACGAGCUUCUGCAUUCCAUGAGAAGCGUUUGCCAUGCGAGAAAACCCGAGGUCCAAGUGGAGCUGUCUCUGGUGGAGGCGACGGAGCGAGGUCCGGCGAUCGUGGAAGAGGCCAGGAAGCAGGACGCGUCGCUCCUCAUCAUGGGGCAGAAGAAGCGGUCCCUGACAUGGAGACUGGUCAUGAUGUGGGCUGGCCGCAAGGUGGGAGGCAGCGUGGCGGACUUCUGCGUCCAGAACGCGACGUGCAUGGCGAUGGCGGUGAGAAGGAAGAGCAGGAGAGGCGGCGGCGGAUACUUGAUCACCACCAAGCGUCACAAAGAUUUCUGGCUCUUAGCCUAAGCCUGCUGUAUCAUUCAUUGCUCUGCUUCCCGUGGUGUAUGUAUGUAAAGAAUGGAAGACGAAGUGUAGAAUCCAUGGCCUUGUUGUUCCUCGUUGCCGCUGCU